AUGUCGGAGAGGCGCCGCGCCCAGGUUGACCAGGCGAUCGCCUCGCUCAACGACCGAGUCGCUGCGGUUGAGUCUACCCAGGCGUCCAUGGGGCGCCGCCUGGACGCCGCCCUGAAGUCGACGAGUGUUGUGUGUGAAGGGUUCGAACGGUGCGGAACCGAGUGGGCGGCGAAGGCCCCUGGAGGCCAAUGGAGGGAGCUCAAGGCGGCCUGGGGCCAGGCGGUUGCCGGCGACCUGCGUGCCCAGUUGGGCAUUGGACCGGACGACGCGGCCGUGCCCGAACCCGCCCUCAACGCCCCUGUUGCCCACGCUGUGGCAGUGGUGGGGGCUGCCCUGUCGAUGCCGGGCGUAAUAAGCGGACUGUUCGCCCAGACGCGGUGGUCUGAGGCGGAUGGCGCCCACGUCCCGGUCCCGAACACGUACAAGAUGGUGCUGGAACCGUGCCUGGAGAGCCUGCAGGUCCAGUCUGCACUGAGGGUGUUGGACCACCCGCUCCGGCGGAAGGCCGGCCUGGCAGUCGCAGGCGUGGCGCCUGCGCCGCUGGCGGCCGGGCAGCCUCCGCCGCGCCGUGUACUCAUGUACACGGAGCGCACGAGGGCCGA